GCAUAUGUGUGCAUUUAUCAUUGGAUGGUCAAGGCCAAUUCCUAUGUCUGCACUACUUUAAUAGGUUAAUACAAAGAACAAAAAAAAAAUCAAUAACGCAUGUUGCCUUCACAAUCAUUGAUCAGCUGAUUUCAGCCCAGUUAUAAAGUCUAUAAGUGUCAGUAGACAAUAAAUUUCUUUGUGACAAUUCUUCGUUCCUUGAAAGCAGCACAAUUCUAUUCGAAGUAAAUUCUAAAAUAUGCCUGGAAUUGUAAUGGACAGAAAUACUGGAUCUACCAUUGGUACCACACCACAUGGCCGAUGGAUUGAUCAACAGCAAUAUCUUGUUGAAACAUAUCGUCAGAUUCGUACAAAUUUAGGUCAGUUAGAAGCUGAAAUAGAAGCUGCACGAUUAAGAGUCACUGAUUGGACACGACUAAGACGACAUCCUAGUCGUAGUCGUAGUUUGAGUCAUGCUAGUGUUUCAACUACUGCAAGCAGUUUAUUAAGUUGUAGUACAUUUGAAAGUGGUGCAACCGAUGCUUCAUUUUUAAAUGUUACAACAGAUGGUACUACUGGUUCAUCAUGUCAUUCAUCAUGUUCAUCAACAUGUGGUAUUCAACUACCUUCAGAAAUGGCAGCUAAAUUAAGUGCAGCAACAUUAAUUUCAGCAUUUUUAGCUGCAAGUCAUGAUUUCACUCAAGAUAAAACUCAAGAUUCAACUAUUUCAGAUCAUUUAGAACAACCUAUUAGAGCUCGUACACCAGAUCAAUGUUCUUCGUCUAAUAGGUCACGUUCCAACAGAUCAAUCUCACCUUCAUCACGAUGAAAUGAUUAAAUAUACACGAGGCAAUAUAUAUAUAUAAAUAUAUAUCUAUAUACUCAGGGUAAUGGGUAUUCAUAAUAAGUUUGAUGACAUAAAUCUAAAUUCAUUUCAUGGUUGACUUUCAUAACAUUCUGGAUCUAAUUAAUAAAAGAAAUGCAUUUUUACUAAAUAUUCCAUUUCAUUCAUUGAUACAAAAUAACAGAUUUGUAUUUGCAUUGAUUUACAUACAGUACUUUACAUCUUUUUAUUUACUUUAUAUAUACUCAUAUAUAUAUGUAACCAUUUAUGGUCAUAAUUAUGUUGUGUGAUUGUUGUUGUUGUUUUCAUAAACAUGCUGUAGGUCUGUCUUUCAAGCUUAUUAUUAAAUCACUUUAAAAAAGGAAACAACGUAAAUAUCAACUAUGUACUUUUAAUAAAUUGUCAUCCUUUUUUCUUACUUAUUUAUUUACUUACGCCUGUUACUCUUCAUGGAGGAGUAUAGGCCGCCCACUAAUCCUUUUUUCUUGAUUUAACGAAUUAUGAUGCAUUAUAUGUCUGUGAAAUAUUAGUUAAACAUUGAAUAAUUAUUACAUUUGUGGAGUGUUGGAAUAUUGAAUGUUUUUUCUUGAAAGAGUCCAUUUGUCUUUUUGAAAGUGUCCUCUUUUGCUGUUGUUGUUGUUAAGUUCAUCUGUAAAUUCAAUGAUUUUUUCGUUUGUUCAUCAUUAAGUGGUUCAUUAGCUACUGUCUUUUCUUUUCAAGUGAUCCAAUUCAUUUUAAUAAUACUUUUUUUUAAAGAAAAAAAUAGACUGUAAACUUCUUCUAUUUGUGUUUUGACAAUGGUGACAUCAUGGUUACAAUUUGCGGGAAUCUAGUUUCAUCUUUCAGGAGUUUCUUUUCUUUGGCAGUAUUAUUAGAAAGGCAUUCUGUUGAGUUCAUGAGUCAAUUGAAGCUAUACUACCUGGAAGCACUGGAUGGAUGUUUCACCCUAUUACGGGAAUACUCAGUAGGGGGCAUUCACGAUCUUGCCCUGCGGGAUUUGAACCCAAGACCUAUUCGAAUUCGGGAC